AUGGUACCAGUAAACCCUUCUUGUUCCCUGCAGCAGCAGCAGCAGCAGCAGCAGCAGCAGCAGCAGCAGCAGCAGCAGAUGCAGCAGCAGCAGCAGCAGGAAGGGCAGCAGCAGGAGGGGCAGCAGCAGCAGCAGGAGCGGCAGGAGGAGUAUAUUAACAACGGAAAUGCUGCAGGUGCGAGCAGAAACUAUUGGGUAUGUACUGCAGCAGCAACCAGCAGCAGCAACCAGCAGCAGCAGCAGCAGCACCACCACCACCAGCACCAGCACCACCCCCACCACCCCCAGCAGCAGCAGCAGCAGCAGGAGCUCACCGACAGCAACACUGCCUAUGACAGCAGUACCCCCCACAGAUGUAUGUACAAUGGGUAUAUGUGGGGCUAG